AUGAACAAUAGGGCGUGCUGGUGUGCCGCGGCAUCCCGGGCCUUGAGGCCGCGGCGGCGGCGGCGGCGGCGGAGGAGGAGGGGCCGCCGCGGGCCGCCAUUGUGGCGCCGGUCGCGGCUGUGCCUGAGGGCCGGGAAUUCGGGCGGCGGCGGCGGCGGCGGUUUUGGUGGGUUCGCCUCGCUCUCGGUGGCGGAGAAGAAGGAGCGGCGGAGGAGGGACUGCGAGCCGACGGCGGCCCAGCUGCUGAAGCACCCGCUGGCGACGGUGGCUUACGUGCCGAGGGACGUGGCGCUGUUCAUCGCCGGGGCCAUCGCGGGUGCCGCCGCGAAGACCGUCACGGCUCCGCUCGACCGCAUUAAGCUUCUUAUGCAGACUCACGGGGUGCGAGUUGGACAAGAAAGUGCGAAGAAGGUUAUUGGUUUUUCCGAGGCCAUCACGAUGAUAGGCAAAGAAGAAGGAAUGAAAGGUUACUGGAAGGGCAACCUCCCGCAGGUGAUAAGAAUCAUUCCAUACAGCGCCGUCCAACUUUUUGCUUAUGAAUUUUACAAGAAACUCUUUAAGGGAAAAGAUGGUGAACUCUCUGUUGUUGGAAGACUAAUGGCUGGUGCUUGUGCUGGCAUGACUUCUACCUUUGUCACCUACCCAUUGGAUGUCCUACGUUUGCGCUUAGCAGUGGAACCUGGACAUAGGACGAUGUCACAGGUCGCCCUGAGCAUGCUGAAAGAGGAAGGGUUGGCAUCAUUUUACAAAGGUCUAGGACCUGCUCUAAUAGGAAUAGCUCCUUACAUUGCAGUGAACUUCUGCAUGUUUGAUUUGAUAAAAAAGGCAUUGCCAGAGGAAUAUCAAAAGAGAACUGAAGCAUCUCUUGUAACAGCAUUGCUCUCAGCCAGCCUUGCCACACUAACGUGUUAUCCCCUAGACACCAUCAGAAGACAGAUGCAGAUGAAGGGUGCCCCUUACAAGACAGUUUUGGAUGCUUUUCCAGGUAUUAUUGAACGGGAUGGAGUGAUUGGCUUAUAUCGAGGAUUUUUGCCAAACGCAUUGAAAACAUUACCAAACAGCAGCAUUCGGCUUACGACAUUCGACACGGUCAAACGCUUGAUUGCUGCCAGCGAAAAAGAGCUCGAGAGGAUUAUGGAGGAAAACCGCCAGAAACAAAAUGGAGCAGCUGCCGACAUUUGAUCCAAUUCUUUCAGUCAUUAUUAUAUCUUCUUUUUCGUCAAGAUAUCGAUUUUUGCCAGCAUAUGUAUCAAGUGGGGGCCGUGUCUAUUGUUCACAACCUGGCUUUCUCGCUCGGGGAUGAAUCAGAUGAUCCAACGGUUGCUGAAUCUUUGGCAUGACCCUGAGGGGUCCUUUAGAAGCCAUCAUUCAAGCUGGUCGCCGUGCAAUUUUUUCUCUUCUUUUUAGCUUCGGGAUCUAGCAUCGGCUGGGCUUAGUUUGGAAUUUACCAGUCAUUAUGGCUCUGUAGUAUACUCAUUAUCUUAGAACCCAGCUUCAUUCAUGGGCUACUACUUGCAGGUCAGUCCCGCGUCCCCCCCUUACCUCUGCUCGGACGCAAUUAGAGUUUCUGUCGAUGCUACAGUUUCGAAGACGCCAUACUUUCUGUGAUGAUGAUUGGCACAUCUGUACUAAUUUGAACUAGUUCAACUGGCCAGUUCAAUUUUGAAAACGCGAUUUGCAGGCUGAUGCGUUAAUAUGCUAA